GCCCGAGAGACCACUCAAAGGGCAACGGCGGAGCUGCCUCGGAGCGCGGCUCCCGCAGCAUUUCUGGGAUGUCGCUGGAGCGGCCGCUGCCCCCAGGACUCCUCCCCGAGCCCCUCUGGCUCUGAGCUGGGAGCUUGGAGGGGGAAGAAAAGGAGACUUCCCUGUCAGCACCAGAAACAAAGCCAAGCGAAGUUCCUCUCCCGUGUUCCUCCUCCUCUGGAAGGAGCAGAAGUCAGCAUGACAGCCAUAUCAGUGCAGGCCCAGUGGUUACUUGCCCGCAGAAGACCAAAGAGAUCAUUUUUUGAGACGUUUAUCAGGAGUCUCAUUAUCCUCUGUGUUGCAAUAGCAAUUGUCCUGUCAUCCAUUGCAGUAUGUGACGGCCACUGGCUUUUUGCUAAAGGAAAGCUCUUUGGAUUGUGGCACUUCUGCACCAUUGGGAAUAACAGUGCCCUGAAAUGUGUCACCAACCUCACUUUGGCCAACGUCAGAGGGAUAAACAUAGGAAUGACACUUGCAAGAAGUAUGGUGGCUUUUGCUGUGGUUGUAGCCAUCUUUGGCUUGGAACUUCUCAUGGUCUCCCAAGUCUGUGAAGACAUCAACUCAAGAAGGAAGUGGUCCAUGGGAUCAGUUCUCAUUCUCUUCUCAUUUCUGCUCUCAUCCACUGGAGUUUUGAGCUUCUUAAUUCUUCUGAGGGACUACAUCACCUUCACAGGCUUUACGUUAACCUACUGGUGUGAGUUCAUUGCUGCCUUCCUUUUCUUCCUUAAUGGAAUCAGUGGACUUCACCUUAACAGCAUAACAUUCCCUUGGAACAGAAUAAGAAAAAAUUAAUAAUCAUGGACAUUAGUUAUCCCAAAUACACUGAGAAGUAUGUCGAGGCCAAUCAGUGUUUGAAAAGGACAAGCGGUUUUCUUCAUCUACAUGAAGACAAAAGAUUCCCAACAGCAUACCACCUUCAGAGGAUAUUCAUGCUCAGUUGAUAAUGGAUGCUGGACACUGGUAGUUGAAUAGUAUGAUCUGCUGAGAUUUUCAAUACUGUAACUAUCCAAAGUAAUGAUCUAGUAAAUUAGUAGUUUCCAUUAAUUUAAAACUCAAUUCAGAAACCUAAGAGUCCCAAUCAAGUUAUGUUAAGUUCUGACUCAAGUCCCAUUGAAACCAAUAAGGCAAAUCACAUUGCUUUCAAUUUGACUUAGUCACAACUAAUUUUAGCUGGGUGGGGGCCAAACCCAGGAUCUAAGUGGGAUAAGACACACACUGUGUAAAUUUGCUUUGUUCUUUUCCUGAAUCUCCAUUUCUAUUUUUGCACAGUAGGUAGUAUGAGAAUAAACAUCUGAACUAUGCAGGAAGUUGGGUUAAUACUAGAGCUUCACCUCUGAAUAAACUCAAAUAAUUUGCAUUUUAGCAUGGCCUAUUUUAACUAUUAUUAUGGCUUUGCUUAUUUCCUUCAUGAGAGCAUAUAAGAUUUAUACAUAAUACUAACACUUGUGCACUAUGAGUGUAUAUGUUUUUUGAACCCUCCCUGCAACUAAGGUCUUUACGGUAGCAGUUUGCUCUAUGGUCAUCCGCUACCUUAACCACCUUUUUUUUGUCUCUCUAUCCCAUACUUCUUUCCAGUGACCCUUCUUCCACUUUAUCUGAAAUCUCUUCCAUUGGUGCAUUGCUCUUGUUUUUCUAGUAAAAGUAGCCUGUGAAGAGAACGUCUUAAUAGGGGGAACUACAGCAGGAUGCUGGAAACAAGUAAACAAGUUGAUUUUGGACAUGACAAAACUGUUUGACUGAUUUAACUGCAAUAAGGUACAUAUUCGUGACAAUACUCUUUAACACCCGUACAUGUUUUUGCACUACAAAGUAACACCUACAGUAUUUGCUUAUGUAAGGAGGCCGCAAACUCUUGGGAGUGAGUGGGCACAUGACACAUUAGAGUGUCAUGGGUGCUUGUCCAUUCCUAAAAUGGCUACUAUGGAGGGUCACGAACCCCUCAUUUCCCAGAAGGUUAACUGGUGAGGCUAAAAGAAAAGUAACUUGCUCAAGAAACUAAGUACAAGGCAGAGGUGGGGGCUGAUCUCCGAAACACAAAGCCACACUUUUGAACCUAAACAAAGAUUGCACUGGAGGGCAGCACUUCACUUGGCAGCAUGCCAGCUUCCGACUUUAAACAAACAAAGUCUUAAGAAAUGAAAUAAAAGCCAGAAGCAGCAAGGAUUCUGAUGGUACCAAGAGAGGUGUCCAUGGGCACAUUGGUGCUCCCAGAAGAGACCUUUGCUACUGUGAUUUAAUGAGACAAUUGGGGCUGGGGAGAGAAACAACAAAGAUGAUCCUUCAAAGUGGUGUCACGUUGUGCAGCCCUUACAGGAUAUAGAUCAGGGAAUGCUGUGUUCAGAACUUUUGUCAGUUUUAUUUCCCUUUUAUCAAAAUCACAGGAAGUUAAGUUCCUGUUCUCCCUCUGAGAGGCAACUGUCCAAGCUGGGAAUAUUGGUUUAAAUUCUCUUCAGUGUUCUUGUUAAAAACAACAACAUAUUAAACAGAAAGCUUGGACAAUUUUAGUGUGGCUUUCAAGACUGAUCUAGUUUCUAACCUGCUGACAGGGAUGGUUUCUAAAAUUCACCCAGAGGCACGUAUCACAAUAUCGUCACUUCUGUAUACAUGCGAUCAGUUUAUUGGUAAAGCAACAACCAUAAUAACCAAAAGGAGCAGGCAAGAGAAGGCAACCUGGUGCCCUCUAAAAAUUUGGGACUACAGUUCUCAUAAGCCACAGCUUACAUGGGGUAUGAGUGUUGUAGUCCAAGGGCUAUGGAGUUAUGAGUGUUGAGUCCAAGGAUGCUUCCAGAUAAGGCUUUUAUAGUGCCAUUACCCUGCCUUUUUCAUGGAAUUUUAUGGAGGGUUCCAGAUGGCAUUUUCUUCUUCUCAUAGCUCUUCCAUGAUUUUCUACUGCUUCUUCUGUCUUUUUUCCUACCAUAGGAAAUCCAAGGAGGAAAAAUGAGAUAAUUGCUGCUACAAUGCCUUCUGAUUGAUAGUCCAAGAAGCCCUCUGUUUGGAAGUACUGCCACUCUAACAUCUGGAGUUUACUAGGUUACCUAUCCCAGAAUAUGGCCUCAUGGUGUCAAGAUCCACAUAUGCCUUGCUUAAGAGGGGUUGGUUCAUGCCAUAUAAAUUUGUUCAAGAAACCAUCAACAACACCCAAAAAAAACCAGAUACCAAAGUGUAGAGAACCCUCUACACUUGUAUUCAUGAUUACUUUGGGGGAAAAACAACUUUGUGGGAUAAGUAUUGUUGAUGAACCAUCAAAAGGGACAAAAAUGUGACAUACGUCAACCCUGUGAUCAUCUGUACUUUUGGUUGCAGACAUGUGGAGCUGAGGGAUGAAAAAGCCUCAUACACUGUUCUAUGGACAAGCCCAUUAUAACUUUAAAAGAAUGCAUUCCUAAAAGGCUCAGGUUCCCCACCCCCUUUCAAUACAAUUAAAAUAGAUUGUACAUCCAGAUUUAAGUAUAUUUAUAGAGUAUUAAUUCUCCAUUGUUCACUGCCAUUCCUAUGUCCUUUAUUGUGUGGCUUCAUGAUAUGUUUGAUUAAAUCAAUACUGCAUUAACUUCAAUGAGUGGGGAAUGGCUGUUGCCAUUUUCCUGUCUGGGCGUAUCCGUUGUGCUCCCAAAUCGCCCAUUAUUGUCAGUAGGAAAUUUGAGGUGUGCAAGAAGUGGGGCAGACAGAAGAGAUUGCACUGAGGCCUUAUUUCUUAAGGUGCUAUCUGAAAUGAUUGAAUUUGAAUGUGAUUGAAUUCCUGCAUUGAGCAGGGGUUGGACUCGAUGGCCUUGUAGGCCCCUUCCAACUCUGCUAUUCUAUGAUUCUAAGUUUGACUGAAUGUCUACACUCCUAGUUCAUUUAGACAAUUCCUACCUGUACCUGUCUCUGCACCAGCUGAUUGUCAGAGUGGACAGUAUUGUCUGCUUCUUCCACUCUGCUUAUCUCUCUAAGGUGUCUUAAGAAACCCUUACAUAUAAUGCAUGAGGAUAUAGAUCCAGCGUGUCAAUAGAUCUAGACAAUUUUGCACAUUGUAACAACCCAUGGUUGACAAACAGUGGGUUGUUACAACAUGCAAACCAGGAUGUGAAAACCAUCCUCUGACUGUGCUUCCCAGAGAAGAGACAAAUAGCUAGUCUAAUCCACUUUGUAAAUCAUGGCACUGAAAGUAUGUUCAUACAGAACGCUUAAGGCACUUUCAUAAAUGAUACCAUGAUUAAUGCCCAGAAGAAUGUUUUGUUCUGUGUCCCUUAGACAGUUCUUGCUCCUUCACUAAACAUAUAUUUACACACUUUCCUCUUAUUGAAUGAUUAGAGUUUGGGUGGCUGAAAAAAGAUGAUCAGGUAUUAUUACGAUGCAGUAUCUAAGAAGCCUUCAUAGUGACCUAGGCAGGAUCUACACUACUGCUUUAUAACAGUUUAUCAUGGUUUCGACAACUGUUUAUGCCCAGGACACAUUAUAUAGUUAUAUCCUGCUUGGUGUAGAUCUGCCCAUAACAGUAACAAAUUGUGGGUUAAUUAAUCUACCAUUUGCAGGAUUGUGUGCCGAGCCGGAGUUUUGCGUAAUCAACUUUCGAUCAGCCCAAUUGUAGGUUGUGUGAUGAGCAAACUAAGACACUAUGGGUUGCUUGUGGAUUAAGCAACUCAAAGUUAACCUACAAUUAGUUCUUAGGUUUAAUUAACGCAUGAUUUGUUACUGUUAUAUGCAAACAGAGCUAUAGUGAGGAACAGCCAGUAGUUGCCAGAUUCAUUUCUCUUCUUUGGUCCCUUGUCAAACUUAAUUUUGUUUAGUGAUGCUCAUUGUAUGAAGCUAUGUAGUGCUAUAAAGAUGCUCUUUUUAAACUAAUGGGUGUCUGGCUAGUGGAAAGAAAGGAUGUUGCGCUAUUUUCUUCAAGAGAAAUCUCAAACGUCUGGUUAGGAAAUGUGAAGUCUUUUUUGAAAGAUUGGUCUACUGCACCAAAUAUAGGCCUUCCCAAAUGAUCAGCUUACAGCACAAGAAAUGUGGAAUUCUUUCUAAUUUACCACAUAGCAAAUGUUCAAUUCUUUCUAAUUUAUUCUGUAAGAUCCUAGGAACUUACUUCAAAUUAAUGUUUCUGUUUGGAAGUUUUUGUAUUUUUCUAGCAAUGGCUCCUGGAGCAGCACUCCUCAGUUUGGUGCUCUUCCAGACUCCAACUCCCACCAUCCCCAGCCAUUGCCCAUGCUAGCUGGGGCUGAUGGGAGUUGUAGUUAAAACACCUGGAAAGGACCAAGUUGAGGAAGGCAAGCCUGGAGUUUCAGUUCUGGUUCAAAAUGCUGAGCACUCUCCUCCCAUGCACUGAAUGAAUGCACAUCAUUCAGAUUUCCCUAAAAUGCAGGACACUGUCAUAAGGCAUCCCACAUGCAUUAGAUGUGGGCUGGCUAUCACACUAUUUCUCUGAAGACUAUCCCAUGGAGUCUUUCAAGACUAUCCCAUGGAGAGUUAAAAUGCAUUAGAAUUCCAUUUUGAGCUGACAGUCUGAAAUAACCCUAAAUGGCAUCCUAUAUCAUACUCUUGUCUGAGCUUAUGAAACCAAUUUCUAUUAAAGGCUAUUUUGUCAGUAAAUGCUGGAGAAUAUGAUAGCGCUGGUGCUGAUUUGCACAUGGUCUUUGUCCCUAAUAAAUAUUGUUGUUUUUAGUAUAUGUGUUGUAACUUGUAGCAUUUCUAAACUGUAACUAUUUUCUAAAACAGUAAAAGAAGAUAAGAAGAAAUCUA